AUGGCCGUUCUCUACACACAGCUUCUUAACAUAAACAACAAAAAGAUUCUCACAGGCAGCUUCUCAACACAGGGUGUAUUUCUACAAGAAGACUAUGACAUUCUAACAGAAAUGAAGCAUCUAAUUGCCAAGGCUCUUCAUCCUGACAACUUAAGUGUAUUGCAGUCAAACAAAACGUAUUCCAAGGAGUCUGAAAGUGGAAGAUUUACGUUCUACAUUGGUACAAUAGACGCAUUCGAACACAAUUUGUGCGUAGCAGUCAUUACAGACACAAAAAGCACCAGUAAAACACUAACGGCAUACAUUGGAAAGCUAAACGAAUCAGUUCAAAGCAAAUUAAUACAAAUACAGAGCAUAAAUGUCUCAUGCUACCAGAAUGAUGAGAAAAUCCAGGCAAUUUCAGAUGAACAUAACAAGAAUGUGCGUAUGAUCAACACAAAUGAAGUGUUGGAAUCGACACACUCGUCCUUGGUUGAGAACCUCGACAAUUUGAUUUAUAGGGGUCAGAACAUCAAUAACCUGAAAUCAAUGGCAGAGAAUCUGCGAUUUGAGUCGGAAUUCAUGUCAAAGAAAGUACGAGAAAUGAAAAACAAGGAGAAAUAUGAGAAAUACAAGACGUAUGGCAUCAUCGCAUUUAUCAUGCUGAUUUUGAUCUACUUCUUUUUCAUACGAUAG